CCAAGAAACCUAAAACUUAGCCGACUAAAAAUCCAAACUUUACGAGCUUUGAUAUGUUAAUGUGACAAAUGAGAAUAGUCUUACAGUUACAAGAAAAUAUUCUCCCCAAAAUCACUUUACCAUUAUAAGAAUUUCCGCCAUUAAUCACUUUAAAACUCAUCUCUUUCUUCAAACCCAUCUCCAUUUCUAAUCACUUUUUACAAUUCAAUCCCUCUUCAAGAUUAUUCAAUGGCCGGCAUCAAGGUCCAUGGACUCGCCCUUUCCACACCCACAUGCAGGGUUUUAGCUUGUCUCUACGAGAAAGACCUCGAGUUCGAGUUUAUCAAUGUCAAAUUGCACGAAGGCGAGCAUAAGAAACCCACUUUUCUCUCCAUCAAUCCUUUUGGUCAAAUUCCUGGGUUCCAAGAUGGGGAUUUAACACUUUUUGAAUCUAGAGCAAUCACACAAUACAUCUCCGCAAAUUAUGCUAAUAAUGGAACUCGAUUGAUUCCCCAAGACGUCAAAGAAGCAGCUGCAUUAUUAACAUGGAUUGAAGUGGAGAGUCAUCAUUUUGAUCCACUAGCCUCUAAACUUGUGUAUGAGCUAUGUUUGAAGCCAAAGCUUGGAUGGGGUGAGACAGAUGGUGCAGUGGUUGAGCAAAAGGAAGCUGAGUUAGCCAAAGUUCUCGAUAUCUAUGAGAAAAGGUUGACUGAAUCCAAGUACUUGGCUGGGGAAGCCUUCAGUUUGGCUGAUCUUCACCAUAUUUCAACCUUAGGGUUCUUGUUGGAGACGCAAACCAAGAAAUUGUUUGAAGCUCGGCCCCAUGUCAAUGCUUGGGUGGCUGAUAUCAUGGCCAGGCCGGCUUGGGCUAAGGUGCUUGCUUUGCGUAAGUGAUAUGGAUGGUUUUGACCUUGAGGAUGAAGCCUUCACUAGAUCAUGAAAGCUUUAAAUAUAUAUAGAUAUAUAAAUGUUGUGUGUGAUUGUCUUUUGCUUUUUUGUCAGAUGUAAUAAAUUGGUUUGUGCAAUUUGUUGUUUCAAUGUUUUGUUGAUGCAACUUGUAAUGCUUAGGUGAGGUGUGUCACUUUGACACCUGUGUGUUUUGUAUUGAGAUAUGGUUAGGUUUGGGGUUUUUUUUCUUGUUCAUGGAACAAGUGUUCAAUCAAUAAAGGCCCAAGCAUUUGGUUGAA